GUUAUAAUGGUUGCACAAGCUGAGACGGCUGCGACAUGUACCAAGCAGUUAGCGGGUUAUAUACUUGAGAACCCGAUGUUGUUUUCCUUAUAUCGUCAUUCUCCUCCAUGAGCUGACAUCAGCGACUGAGGAUGCUGAAGGACAUUCCCCGGGAUGCGCUUUUGCGCCCCCUGACUCGGAAUGAAGUGGUCGGCAUGUUGUUGAGGUUAACGAUUUUUGGCGCUGCAACUUACUACAGUAUCAAAUGGGUGGUGGAGGCCAUGGACCCCACACACAAGCAAAAAUUACAGGCCAAAAAAAGGGCAGAGCUGCUACUGAAGCGGCUUGGAGUGGAGGGUGUUACUUUGAAUGAAUAUGAGAUGAACAUUGCCACCCAACUUGUAGAUCCACGAAGCAUGAAGGUGACGUGGAGAGAUAUAGCCGGUCUUGAUGAGGUGAUCAAUGAGCUGCAGGACUCCGUGAUAUUACCCUUCCAAAAACGCCACCUCUUUACAGGAUCCAAACUUUUUCAGCCACCCAGAGGUGUGUUGUUGUAUGGCCCGCCAGGAUGUGGAAAAACCUUAAUCGCCAAGGCAACUGCUAGAGCCUCAGGGUGCCAAUUCAUCAACUUGCAAGCUUCCAUGUUGACAGACAAGUGGUAUGGUGAAUCGCAGAAGCUCACCGCUGCUGUCUUCUCCUUGGCUGUAAAAAUCCAGCCUUGUAUUAUUUUCAUUGAUGAAAUAGAUUCUUUUCUGCGAAACCGGUCCAGUCUGGAUCACGAGGCCACAGCCAUGAUGAAGGCCCAGUUCAUGAGCCUCUGGGAUGGCCUGGAGACUGGCGCUAACAUCCAGGUGAUGGUGAUGGGUGCCACCAACAGACCACAAGAUCUCGACCCAGCCAUCCUGCGCAGGAUGCCCUCAACCUUUCACGUUGGUCUGCCGAAUCAGAUCCAGAGACAUGACAUCCUGAAGCUGAUCCUCACGGGGGAGAAUUUGAGCAAUGCCAUAAAUCUGCGGGAGAUCGCCGAUAAGACCAGCGGCUACUCGGGCAGUGACCUGCGGGAGCUGUGCAGGGACGCAGCCAUGUACCGCGUCAGGGACUAUGUCCGCAAGCAACAGAUGAGGCAGAUCGCCAAACAGAUGCAGGCGGAGGAUGAGGAGGAGGAGCCCGUGGGGACGCGGCUGCGGCCCGUGACUCAGCUGGACAUGCUCUUUGGCCUGGACAAAAUGAACGAGUCCAAGCAGGUCACCAUUACGCCUGGCUGUCUGAAAGAGUCGCCCUUGGACUGACCUUGAUGACAGUCGCUGACCAAUCGGCACAUCCGGCCCGCACCCGGUCCACAUCGGUCCACUUUCCUUGUUCUGGUCUGGAGUCACUUAGCACUCAACACACGGUCCUGUUCUGUUGCACAUACACAUAUUAACUCCAUUCCCUAUUCAUUGUCUUUGUCAUU